AUGAUCUUUUCCCGCACAAUCUUCUUUCCCGCCCUGUUUGUGUUCGUCCAGGCAAGCCCAUCGCUGGUGGCCAAGGACGGGCAUGGCCGCGAUCACGUCAAUGCACGCACAAUCUAUCAGUUUCAAGGCCACACAAGGGCUGAAAACAUUGCUGUGCGCAAAAAUGGAAACCUCCUCAUCACUCUUUCUGAUCGACCGGAACUGUACGAAGUCGACCCCUUCAACCCGUCGUCUCCGAAGCUCAUCCACCACUUUGCCGGCUAUUCGGGUCUUGCUGGCAUCACCGAAACCACGCCUGAUGUAUUUCUGGUGAAUGCUGGCAAUAUUACUUUCGGGCCGAUCCGCCCUGUUCCGAAAUCAUUCUCGGUAUGGAAGCUAGACCUGAGCUGCGCAGAUGGCGCCACUGUCUCCAAGGUUACAGACAUGCCUGAGGCUUCAUAUCUCAACGGCUUGACAACACUUGACAGUCGGGCUGGUGUUGUCCUCACGGGAGAUUGCACCAGUGGCCGCGUCUUCCGUCUUGAUACGAAUACCGGAAACUACACUGUGGCACUCGACAACGCCCUGUUACAGCCUCCGCCAAACGCCACGUUGCCCAUUGGCAUAAACGGCAUCAGGAUGUUCCGAGACCACCUUUACUUCACAAACACAUUCAAGGGCAUAUACGCUCGCGUUCCUGUCGACUUGGUCACAGGCGAAGCGAAAGGGCCGUACGAAGUUCUCGGGACCAACGUCACCGCCGACGAUCUCGCUGUCAAGGCCGGAGUGGGGUACCUUGCGGGAAGCAUAGGAAACGUCAUCAUCAAGAUCAAAACCGGUAAAGAAUCUGAAGUUAUUGCUGGUAACCUGAAUUCGACUGAGGUCGCCGGCGCUACUGCAGUUGCUUUCGGGAGGACUAAGAAGGAUAAGGAGGUUCUUUACGUCGUCACAAGUGGAACAGAGGUAUCACCGGUCAAUGGCACGUUCGUAGAGCCAGGGAAGGUAGUGGCACUAGAUAUUUAG